CUAAAAUAAUAAAGAUGUUGUUCUUGGAUUAUUUUUACGAUACUUUUAACUUGAAGACAAAAUAAACUAACGUAUUAACAGAUAAUUUGCAGUCAUCUGUUAAAUUAUAUUUAAUACUUAAAUAUUUGUACAGUGACGAGAUGUAGCUAUCGAAAUUCAAAUUAUGUUCGUUCGAGUGCAUAAAAUAUUCAUACUAGCAUAAUUAUACGGGAAAUUUAUUUAUAUCAUUCCUUUGGGAUCUCACGUCAUAAAUUUUUUUGUUACCUGCAUGUUUUUAAGGUGAGACUCGAUAUUCGAAACGAUGAUUCGAUGAAAGUAUUAGGCCUUAGAUUUUCUUAGUUUGCAUUUAUCAGUUUUCAUUCAUUUAUAUUUUGCAUCUUUUUUGUUAUUAAAGUUUCGUAUAUUUAUAUCGCAUUUAUAAUAGAGUUAUAAUAGAGUUUUAACAUUUAUAAUAGAGUUUUAACAUUCGCGGAAAGUAAUCCGAUUUAUUUAGAUUAUAUGGUUGUGAUUGAAAGUUUUCUUUUUAAAAGGUUCUGAUUAGUUAAUAUCUUUUAUUUUUGAUCGAAUGUAUUAUCACGCGUGUAAAGUAGAUAAUAAAUAUUUUAAACUUAUUCCUGGUAGUUCUAUAUAAUUUAUUUGAUAUGGCCUUUCGCGACGCGUUUCGCGUAUCGUGAGAAAGAGCGUAAAAUUAUUACGCUCAUUUAUCGGCUAUGAUCAGCCGGCAUAGAAGGAAUGUUUCUCCUUUGUGUCUCUGGCUAUAUGCCAGAGUGGUCCUGGCCAGCCUAAUAAGGUGAGUCCAAACUGGACAGGAUAAAGAAGAGGAUUUUUACAAGGUAGGUCGGUGUUCAAAAACACCGCCAAUAUAAUGUAAACUUACAUGAGGUAAGAUUCUAUAAUAAUUCUUGCACAUACGUGUGAUUGCACGUAAUAAUUGGAGACUGUGAAAGGUGUUUUUUAGAUGAAAUCUCGCUUAAACCUUAAACCAGUUUAAUUCCAAUGUAUCCUUGCGGAAUUAAAAUUUUAUCUUUUAAAAUUUCAUACAUCCUCUUUUAAACUUUCUUAAAUUUCUUUUUAAAAUCUGAUGCAUUUCCGUAAUCUCGGAUAAUCGCGAUCGCGACUAAUUAAUUAUCGGGUAGGUAGGAAUAUAAUGAUAUAAUUAAAUAUUUAAUAGUUAGGCAGUUAAAAAUAUGGAUAGGUAUAGGAAUAUGAGUAGAUAAGAAAAACAUAGAGAUAAUAUGGGUAGAUAGAAACACGAAAAGAUUCUUCUAAUUCGAUUCUUUAACUUAUUUUAAUUAUUCAAUUCCAUAGUUUGAAAUGAAAAUUAGUUUUAUUGUUGCAUGUACUUGUGUAAAUGGAAUUCUAAUUACUUUCUCGUGUAACCAAUCUCUAAACCUACGGAUCUUACUGGAAUCUUGAAUGUGGCGCAUACAUCGGGAGGGUAAUCUUGAUACUGUGGAGGAUAGAGGUCAAGAAUAGAAACUUAUGGAUAAAUAGGAUUACCAAGUGCUGCGAACAUUUAAAUUUAUAUACAUGCGUACGAUUUUUUUGCAAUUUGUCGAGAGGUUUCGUUGAGAGACUUCGCGAUAACUUAAUUGCUUUAGAAGCAAUACAUUACUGUGCCUGCAUUGUAACGAUAUCGUGUUGUUGAAAUGUCAUUGCGUAAUAUAUGCAAUCAAAGUUCUUAACAGUUUUUUUUACGUUUUCUGCCAAAAUGCACAAGUACGUUAUACAUUAAAAGGCAUAUAAAAACAUUUUAUACAACAGAUACACGAUUAAGAGUGCGUUCCAACGCACUCGCAAUGCUCGUGAGCAUCACUCGUCCUUAUUUAAUUCAUUUACUAAACAACAAGAUUACAAUGAUUCCAAAAGCGUUGUGAGCUCCAAGUGGAACUCAGCCUCCUCAGUGUGUCAGGUAUUGUCAUGAAAGAUAAAGAGAGGAAGGUAGAGCAUCGAAAGGGAGGGGGAGACUCAUCCUCGAGUUACUUUCACUCGAACUCCUCGUAACGCCGUGUAGUGAUGUUCUAGACGAUGGGAGCGGAGCUCCUGCUGCUUUCCGCUUAAAUCGAACUCGCGUAAUCCUUUAGUGAACUUACAUUUUUAUUAAAAAAAAAUGGCAUUUUUCUGGACUCUACAAUUGUAUCUUCUACGAUCCACGCUGUUUGUCGUUAUUGUCCACGCUGAAGAAGUUUUUAAUACCACUCCGCCAGCCGUUAAAACGAGUUUCUCCUGUUACAACCGGCCUAUGGGAUUUUACGCUGAUGUCGAAGCGAAUUGCAAAGUGUAUUACACGUGCGACGAUCACGGGAACGUGUUCACUUACCGAUGCCCCGAUGGAACGGCUUUCCGUCAAGACACCUCGAUAUGCGACCACGCUUAUCUCGUCGACUGUCAAGCGACUGUUCACCCGCCGACUCAAUUUCCAAACGAGAAUAUCGACAGGGAAAUCGCGCAUGCAGCCUCCUCGCCGAGGUCCCCGGUGGAAUCGAUCAACUCGCUCGACGAUCAUCGAUUGUCAUUCUCGCGUUCCUUCCGAGUGAUCCAACGGCCCGACAAAUCCGCGCCCGAUAAGCUUCAAUCCGGCUUCGUCUUCAGCGCGAGUCUGUUCUUGAGGAAUCAGCAGGAUCGAACGCGGAAUCAAGCCAGGCAAGUCACCGACACCUGCACGACGUGCAACGCUGAUGCAAGAAAUGACCGCAUGACAGUCCCCACUGCACAGACGCAUGCCAAACAGUACGAUACUUCGAAUCCACGUAACGACAAAUCAACCGCGCCAAGACAAUCGUUGUCGGAGACCCGCGACAAAGGCGCCGCGUAUCUGAAUCGCUCGUACGAGCCGCUCUCUAAUUCUUCGCCCGCGAAAGCGAUAGCAUCGGAAGAUAAUAAUCAGCAUUCUCCUCCGCGUGAGAAAUCUCCCUCGAGUUACAACAACGAUUUCCACCCGUACUCGGAGACGUUACGAUCGAUUCAAGCUCAUGCGAAUUACGUAAAAUUCACCACGGACAUUCCCGUGCACGCUUUGACGCUCUCCUUGAAGCCGCUGAUACCUAACGAGCUGGAAUAUGAUCCUUACUAUCCCAGACAACCGACGUCCACCGAGGCGUAUUACACACCGAGCAAUCGCAACAAGAUCGACGCGAGCACCCGGUUUUCCAGCUCUAGUCAAGCGCCGCUGAUAUUCACGCACUCCAAUCUCUCUUUCGAAAUCCCACCUGUGCUGCCGGAUUUGAACACCUUGGAGGAUCUGGUCGAUCGCCGGAAGUUCUUCUAUAUUCCGCGCACAAAUGUGAAAUCAUUAUGACGCGCCAUUAACUGUUUAACCGUCAUUUCGCACGAUGUUACGUGCGAAAGAAUUUUUAAAUAUUUUUCGUUUUGCAAUAUCGCAAAAUAGCUACGCAUAUGUUCAUUAUAUUUGUAUAUUAUAAACGUUUUAAUAAACGUCGAAUAUCAUGGAACUCGGUGGCUCCAAAGGAGCCUGUGUUCUUGGAGCGGAUGAAACAUGACUCGUUACCAUGCUGAAAAAAAAAUAUAAUAAAGUUGAAUUUUGAACUUUA